AUGGAGCAUGCACGGCCGCCAUCAGAACUUAAAAUUGAUGGCGUUGGGGGGCCCGUUAGCAGAGCAGACGCAUGGAAAAAGUGGAAGCAACAAUUUCUAUUGUUCAUUAAAGCUUCAGGUGUGUAUUCAGAAUCAUCAAGUAUUCAAGCCAGCUUACUUGUAAAUCUUAUAGGUCCCGAUGGGUUUGAUAUAUAUCAAACGUUUAAUUUUGAGAGAGAAGAAGACCGCGAUGAUGUCAAUAUCGUAUUAAAAAAAUUUGAUAAAUAUUUUGGAAUGAAGUCAAAUGUGACGUUGAUGCGAUAUAAAUUUUUUUCACGAAAUCAAGAGGUUGGAGAAUCUAUUCAACAAUACGUUACAGCUCUCCGUCUACUGAGCAAAAAUUGUGAAUUCUCGACAUUAGAAGAAGAUUUAAUAAGAGACAGAAUCAUUUGUGGUAUACGUCAAAAUAUGGUUAGGGAUCGAUUAUUAAGAUGCGAAGAACUUAAUUUAGAAAAAGCGAUGCGAAUUUGUCAAGCAGAAGAAAUAGCACAAGAAGGUGGACAGCAAAUGGGCAGUACAAGUGAAAAUACUUCGCAUGUGGAUACUGUAAAAAUGAGACGCCGUGACCAAGAAGUAGCAUGUGGGUGGCGAUCCCGCACGCGGAGCAACAAACCAGCAAGCACUUCGUGGCGUAAUACUGUUGGCGUUUCAGGAUCAUCAGCAAUUACUACCUGUAUGAGUUGUGGUAAUUCACGGUGUGGGAGGAAAGAUGAAUGCCCUGCACGAUUUAUAAAAUGUUUUACCUGUGGCAAACAAGGUCAUUUUUCCCGUCUCUGUAAUUUUAAUCGUAAUUCGACUCGUAAUAUAGGUAAAUUUAAUCGCGUUCAUGAAAUUGAAUGUAACAAUAAUGAUCGAGAUAGUGAUUCGACAGAUGAUAAUUUUCAGAUUAACGUUGUUGAAGAAGGAAAUAAAAAAGGUGAGAAUUGGUUUCAGAAACUUUCUUGUGAGCAUGGAGUAGAAAAAUUUAAAAUAGAUACAGGAGCGGAUUACAACAUAAUAUCUUAUAAGAGGUUUAAAGAGUUAGGUUUUAAUGACGAAAUAAUAAUAAAAAAGACACUAGCUUUACAUUCUUAUACUCAUAACUCUAUACCCCUUAAGGGCAUUUGUAUUAUUCCUUGGACUUAUAAAAACGUUACUUACAACCUUAAAUUCGCAAUAGCUGACAUGAUCUGUAAUAGUAUUUUAGGUUAUAAAUCAUGUGAAAUGUUAGGAUUAGUAAAACGUAUUUAUUCUAUUGAAAUAUCAAAUUAUGAUGACGUUUUUAAAGGAUUGGGACGCUUACCUGGCAAGUAUCACAUAGUUGUUAAUAAAUCUAUGGCGCCUGUUAUAUGUGCUAGUAGAAAAAUUCCUCACAGCUUACGAGAUCGUUUGAAAGUGGAAUUAGAAAAAAUGGAAGAACUAAACGUUAUUAGAAAGGUUACACAUCCAACGCAGUGGGUUCACCCAUUAGUCUUAGUCGCUAAAAAGAAUAAUGGUAUUCGUAUAUGUUUAGAUCCUCGUGAAUUAAAUAAGGCGGUGCAACGAUCACACUUUCAACUACCAACUGUAUCUGAACUGGCAUCUCGGUUACACGGAGCACGAUUUUUCUCUGUACUCGAUGCUACUGCGGGGUUUUGGACUGUGGCGCUAGACGACGAGAGUGCAGAUUUGUGCACUUUCAGCACACCCUUCGGUAGGUACCAAUUUCUUCGUCUUCCAUUUGGUAUAAAUUGUGCAUCGGAAGUUUUUCAUGGAAAAUUAAAGCAAUUUUUAGAAGAUCUUGAUGGUGUUGAAAAUUAUAUUGAUGAUAUUAUUGUGUGGGGUGAAACGAAAGAAAUACACGAUAAUCGUUUGAAGGCAUUGCUUGAUAGAGCUAGGCAAAUCAAUUUGAAGUUUAAUAAAGAUAAAUGUAGAUUUUUUGUUGAAGAAGUUAAAUACUUAGGGCACGUAUUUAAUGUCAACGGUAUGAGACCAGAUAGUGAAAAAAUUAAAGCAAUUAAAGAAAUGCAGGUUCCAAAGGAUAGGAAAGAUUUAGAAAGAUUUUUAGGUGCAGUUAAUUUUCUAUCAAAGUUCAUUCCUAAUCAUUCUGAAAUAGCAGUUCCGUUGACGAAUCUUUUAAAAAAGGAUAAUUCGUGGCGUUGGGAAGAUAGCGAACGCAACGCAUUCGACAACUUGAAAAAGGCAGUAACGAGCUCGAGCGUUUUAGCACUCUAUAAUCCGACUCAACCGGUUGUGAUGUCAGUCGAUGCAUCACGUAACGCCUUGGGAGCAGUUUUACUACAAAAUGGUCGACCGGUUGAAUUUACAUCUCGUACACUUACAGAUGCUCAAAAAAGGUAUGCCCAAAUUGAAAAAGAAAUGUUAGCGAUUGUUUUUGCGUCACGUUUGCAACGCAUGCUUUUAAGAAUUCAGGGAUAUGAUUUAGUUGUGAGAUAUGUUCCAGGAAAAUAUAUGUAUAUAGCUGAUAUGCUAUCUCGAGCAGCACUACCGGAUCUUUAUAGUAGUAAGAUUCACGAUAAAGUUGUAUGUCAAGUUGGCCAAAUCAUGCCAAUCAUCAUAAAUUACAAUGUUUCUAAUGAAGUUAAACAUUACUGGUCUAUAAAAAAUGAGUUAAAUGUUGUCGAUGGAGUUAUAUUCAAAGGUAACUUAGUGCUGGUUCCAAGAAAGCUGCGUAAUGAAAUGUUAAGAAUUGUUCACGAAGGUCAUUUAGGUAUUGAACGUUUGAUAAAUAAAAUGAAAGAAAUAUUUGCAAGAUUUGGUAUUCCAAGUGUCGUUAUAACAGAUAACGGAACGCAAUAUUCCAGCAGAGAGUUUAAAAUGUUUUCUUCUGAAUGGAGAUUUGAUCAUGUUACUUCUUCUCCUAACUAUUCCCAAUCAAACGGAAAAAAUGAACGAGCAGUCCAAACUGUCCAAAAGAUGUUAAAAAAAUCACUUGCGAGUAAUGAAGAUUUCUUUUUAGCUCUACUUAGUUAUAGAAACACGCCAAGAGACGAAUUAAGCUCACCAGCAGAGUUGUUAAUGGGUCGAACAUUACGUUGUCAGCUGCCCGUUCAUCCUAAUAUAUUGAAGCCUAAGCUUGUCAAUCCUUUAGACUAUAAAACUAUGGUCAACAAACAACACAAAACUAAAUUAUAUUAUGAUCAGCGUUGCAAAGAGCUUGAGGAAUUGAAAGGGGGUGAUUCCGUCAUAUGUAUAGACGGAAAGGUUAGAUAUAGGGGAAAAGUUGUCGGACACGCUAAUACUCCACGAUCUUAUAUUGUACAAAACAGUGUAGGUAAAAGAUUUAGACGUAAUCGUCGUCAUCUAAUAAAAUGUAAAAGUGACUUAAAUUGUAAUGACGGAAACGACAAUAGUAUUGAAAUGUAUACUGACGCUAAUGAUGUAAGCUUUGCAGACGAUGUCAAUGAACCAACGUGUUCUCAUAGAGAUGAACAAGUUUCUAGAAAGUUUACAUCACCUAGACCUUCAAGGAAAGCAAAAGAAAUUGCAAAGCAGCGUUUAGCUCAUUUAUUUAAUUAG